GGGCCAGCCUGGGGCAGGGACGUCGCCUCUGUCCCGGGAAGGGAUUGGGGGCAGGAAGGGGACAUCUCCUGGCCUGCAACAGGGAUUUUUCUGGGAUUUGUUGUCAGUACAUGUGAUGGUGAGCCCACAGUGGGCAGCCCCACGUUGGGCAUGUGGAGAUGAAUGAGGGACAGGGACGGGGAGAGGGAGGGAUGGGGAAGGAGGAGGAGCGGGGGAGAGAGAGAAAUUGCCCGUGAAAACCAGCUCUGCCACGGCAUCUGCUCCUCGGAGCUUUGGGAAUUGGGAGGUUUUCCUGCCGGCAGAGCCGGGGCAGAGGAUGCGGGGUGCUGGGGGGAGCAGAGCCCUGGCACACUCGAUGCAGGCUCGCCUGCGAUGCCAUCUGCCAGGCUUUCUCCUGGCUGCGGGUUCCAGCGGCUAAAAACGGUCGAGCUCAGACUCCAAAGUACUUCCCGAAGUACCUGCUGCCUCUUUGUGCCAUCCCUGGCCGCAGCGUGGCUGGGAUUCCGCAUCCCGCUGGGAAUGCUGCAGGGCAGACAGGCAGGGUGACAUUUGCAGUUAGCAGUGGGUGUCCUUGAGAGGAGCGAGCGCCGAGAGAAGGGACCAGGUUCUCUUUAAGGGGGCAGGACUUUGGGAACAUUAUGAAAGCAAGAGUGAGCUUCUCCCUCUGCCUUCCACCCUCCCCUCCUUCCCUUCUCUGCUCCGGGACAGAGACCUGGGUUCUCUGCGCUCCCCUUUGCCUGGCAGGGAUGAAGGCAGGAGCUGGGUGCUGGGAUGGGCGGCUGAGCAGGAGAGGAGGAGGAGGGGAGGAAGGGGAGGGAGAGGGGGAGGAUCUGCUAAUUACACGGAACAGCUCUGGGGGCUGCUGAAGUCCAGAAUGAAGCAAAGAGCAGCAGAAGCGAGUGCUGCAGUGGGAGCGGAGGAGCCCAAGCAUCAACGAGAGCUGGAGCCGGCUGUUAUCCCUGCUGGGAGCAACUGGGAGCACCCAGGGGAUCCUGCAGUCCUGUCUCCCACAGGAAACAGCCUCUGGCACUGCCAUCGAGCCCACUGCCAGCCCCCGGAGAGCCGAGGGGAAGGGGCUGGUGGCUGCAGGACGCAGGGCUGGGCUGGAGGGCAGCGAGGUCAGCCCUGCUAUGGUCGCAGGAGGCUAAGAGCCUGCGUGGAUCCACCGGGAAGAGGUGAAGGAUGGCUGCCGAAGGAGGGAGAGCCAAGCCCCCUGCCCUGUCCAGGAUGGAGAACUUCCGAAAGGUGAGGACCUCGGAGGAGGAGAUGCCUUUGCCCUUCCCAGACCUGCCCCCGGACGUGGUGGAGAUGAAAGUGAAGGAGGGCAGCAAGAUCAGGAACCUGAUGAACUUUGCCAUGGCCCAGAUGGAGCUGAAGGGCAGGCGGCAGAUUGUGUUCAGCGGCUGCGGCAGGGCGGUCACCAAAACCAUCACCUGCGUGGAGAUCAUGAAGCGCAAGCUCCAAGGGCUCCACCAGGUCACCAAGGUACGCUACAAAACCGUGCUGGAGGUCUGGGAGAACCAGGAGCCGCCGCCCGACGGCCCCGCACAGAACCUGACCGUCCACAAGAACGUGCCCUCCAUCUGCAUCCUGCUCUCCCGGGACCCCCUGGAUCCCAACCAGGCGGGAUACCAGCCCCCGGAGCGCCGGCACGAGGCGGGAGAAGACACAGCGGGAUCCUCCCCCAAGGGGCUGAAGCGGCCGCUGCCGCCUCCCUGCGAGGAGCUGCUGCCCAAGAAGCUGCAGGUACAGGUGGCUGACAGCCCCAGGGGCUCGGGGAGCACCGCUGGCCAGCUGGACCACUGACCCAGUGCCUCCCAUCCCACCAGCCAGCUAUCGAGGCAGGAAUGUCCACUCAUUCUGGGUCACUGAUGGGCUGCAGGCUCCCCCUGACCUGUCCCCACUUGCUGCUCCUUGACCCCUGUGGAUGAGGAUCCCCAGAUUUGGCAUGAGGGUUAAAUGGUUAAACCCAGCAUCCCUCAGUUAUGGAUUGAAGGAGGUGAGGAUGUGGGGGGGGGGGGAGCUGGUGACCUCUAAUUCAGCCACCCAGGGACACUGUGACCACCAGCCACAUCCUGCAGCAACUGCCACGGAGCCUGGACCAUCACCACUGCUCCCCACUGCAACACCUCAUCCAUCAGGAGAGAUGGGUUUGCCCCAAGCUUGUUGGAAUAAAACCUUCUCUAUCAAACCCGCUGCCGAGGAGCUGUCAGAGUUAUUAAUGCCGGGCUCAGCAUCCUGUGGGGCUGUGAUUCAUCCCAAAAAAACCACCCAAACAAGCACGGGGGUUGUUCCCUCCCUGAGCCCACAGAGCCAAGCACUGCAGUGUGCCUGUGGGACAGCACAAGGAAAUAAAACAACCUGCAUCAGAUACUCUGAUCUGGAGUCACAUCCACGGGAGCUGGAGGCAAUUGAAGCGUUGGGAGGGGGUUAUUGUGACUGGAUGCAGUGCCCAGCACAGGAUGAGAAGGUUUUGGGGUCGUGCCUUGGCUGCAGAGUGCUUUGGAGAAAAAUCCCUGCAACUUCCAGGGGGUAACGAGAAAUGAAUGGAAAAUAAAAGCUCUUUAGAAAUAGUUGAGAUGUGUCUAUGGGAGAAUGGGGGGAUCAUCUUGGCUGCUGGCCAUGGCACAGAUCAGCACAGUGAAGGCUGCUGCCAGCUCAAGGGGAUCAAGCCAAACCCUUGGAAGAAUGGGACUGGGGUCUCCUGUGGUGGCAUAGCAGCACCUGGCAAAGCCCCAGUUCCAGUGAGGAGAGGGGAGAUUUCGGGGAUGAGUUAUGGGAUGCCAAGCUCUGAUCCACCUGGCUCCCAGCGCCCGGGGCACUGCGGGAUGAAUUCAUCGGUAUUAAGGAGCAAACCCUUCCCAAAAUCCACGUGUGAGGGAUUCUCUGGCUGCAGCUGCCUUAUCUCCCUGCCUCACUCCCGCUCUACAGGGACACUCAGCAUCCCCUCUUUGUCAAAGGCUUGCUUGGCUGAGAGAGGGAUGAAAGGAGAAGAGGAGGAAGAGAAAGAAGCAGGGUCUGUUUUGUGAGGCAGUGACCUUGUUAUCUCUCUCAGCAGGCAGCUGCUCCUCGGGCCAGAGGCUUGUGCUUAUCUGCCCUGCUGCAGAUUGAUUCCCUUCACUUGAACAUUAAUUUCCAACUGUUCUUUUAUGUUAAUGAUCUUUUUCUUGUGGGUUUGGGGCUGGGAAAGCUUUGGGCUCUGUCCUAUCCAGCUCUUUCCAGUUCCUUUCUCUAGUGCAGACCCGAUUCAGGAUGAACCCUCCACCCCACACGGGAACACCGGGUACAGGCACCUACCCCCAAUAUAUUAAAAAUCACUAAUAAAAUUAAUUAAUAAACGUGUACUUAAUAAAUCCCUCUGUAAACAUUCUGAUCAGAGCUUGAAGACUGUGGGAGCCACACAAUUGAACACUAACAGCCUUUCACUUCCACUGUUGCCACCACACAUCUCUCUGAGCAAGGAAAAAAAGAAUAAAAAUCACUUAUCUCUCAUUAUUUUGCUAAUUUGCAAGAUCUUUUUAAUUGAUUUCAUAGGCAGGUAGUUUACAAUCACCGAGGCAGCACUGGGGAUUUUACCCUCCUUGCUUUGCUGGCUGUGGACUAAAGGCUUCCUGCAUGAGAAAAUAAUAAAAAAUGGCUGUAACAACAAAACAGUAAAACAGGAUGAUGAUAGUGGGGACAUGGUGAGUGGAGUAAUCACGAUGGUUUUGUGCAGCACUGCUGAGGCACAGCCCCAGGGACGAGUUUUGGUGCGAUGGUGGCUGAGGGCAGCAGCCACGGUGUGGGGACAGGGACACUGAGAGAGAACUGGGGAGAUGGAGGAGGCAACAGCUGAGCCGGUCUGAGCCCAUUCCCCCACAGGGACCGAGUGGGGAGGGUGCCCAUGGACAGGGAGGCUGUACUGGAGCUGGUGGGCUUGGCUAAACGGGGCAGGAGCGGCUCGAACCCAUUCAGACCAAACCUGAACCCCUCCAAACUGAACUUGAACUCUCCAAACUGAGCCUGAACCCUCCAAACCGAGCCUGGACCCCUCCAAACCGAGCCUGAACCCCUCCAAACCGAGCCUGAACCCCUCCAAACAGAACCUGAACCCCUCCAAACCGAGCCUGAACCCUCCAAACAGAACC